UGUACACUGUGUUAACGUGGAUUUUACUUUUCUCUAAUUAUCCAUGGAUUUCAUCCGAAAAAUUGCCAGUCCUUAUUUGGCACGGAAUGAGUGACCAUGGGAACUCUUUUGGUAUGGAUUUAAUGUCCCAGUUGGUUAAACGAGCAAUACCUGGAAUCUAUGUGAAAACCAUCUCAACGAAUAUUUUUAACAUAGAGGAUGUUAGAGACACGGUAUUUCGUUCGAUUAAUGAUCAACUGGAUUAUGUUUGUCGUAUGUUACAUAAAGAUAAAAAACUCUCCAAUGGUUUUCACAUGAUUGGUAUAUCACAGGGCGGAUUGCUUGUUAGAGCAUUGGUCCAAAAAUGCAAUUUUUCGAAAGUCGGCACAGUUGUUUCUAUUGGAGGACUUCAACAGGGCAUAUUUGGGAUUCCAAGAUGCAUCAAUACCGGCUUUGUUCCAUAUUGCUUAUGGUUAAAUAAGUUUUUAUCUGAUAUAGUGUAUACUGAAUACAUUCAAAAUCGCUUUGUCCCGGCACAAUACUGGCAUGAUCCAUUUAAAGAAAAUGUUUAUCGCAAAUACUCUCGAUUUUUAGCUGAUAUUAAUCAGGAGAAUCGAAUAAACGAAACGUACCGUGAAAAUAUGAAGAAAAUUCAACGAUUAGUAUUGGUGAAGUUUACAAAUGACACCACAGUACUUCCCAGCGAAUCAUCAUGGUUCGGAUUCUAUCGACGUGGAUCAUCAACAGAUAUAAUAAAGCUACGAGAUAGUAUUCUAUACAACGAAGAUCGUUUAGGACUUAAAGUACUUGAUAAAAGAGGUGAUUUACAUCUUAUAGAAAAAACUGGUGAACAUUUAAAUUUUACUAAUCAAUGGUUUAUUGAUAAUAUUUUAAUUCGUUAUAUGAAAUAAUAUUGACCAGUAAAAAUCAAUGUUUAUUUCAAUAUUUUUUGUUUGUUUGUUUGUUUUUCUUCCGUAAUAUUUUUUUGUUAAACAAAUAAACCUUUUCUAAUCAGAUCGUUUUAUGGUUUCUCUUCUUC